UGGUUGUGUUUUGAAAGUCUGGAGUCCCCAAAUCGCAGAGGCGUGAGUGAGAGUAAGAGUAAGAGAGAGAGAGAGAGUGCCUGCGUAGCUAGCAAGCGAACUUUCAGUACGAAGACGAAGUUACAGAGUGACAGAGACGAAGAAUAGAGACUAGAGAGAGAGAGUGUUGAGCAAAGCUGAGCUUUCAGUUUUUCGCAGACAAAAAGGAAAACAAAAGCAAGCGAUAAUGGCUGAACCCAAAACCAAAUACGAUCGCCAGCUCAGAAUAUGGGGUGAUCAAGGACAGGCUGCCCUUGAGAAAGCCAGCAUAUGUUUGCUUAAUUGUGGUCCUACAGGUUCUGAAACUUUAAAAAAUCUUGUUCUUGGGGGGAUUGGAAGCAUCACUGUAAUUGAUGGAUCCAAAGUUGAAUUGGGUGACCUUGGAAAUAACUUUAUGGUUGAUGAGUCAAGCGUUGGGCAAUCAAAGGCAAAAUGUGUUUGUGCAUUUCUUCAAGAGCUAAAUGAUGCUGUUAAGGCAAAGUUUAUAGAAGAAUAUCCAGAGGCUCUAAUUGAGACAAACCCAUCAUUCUUUUCUCAGUUUACAUUGGUUGUAGCUACUCAGCUAGUGGAAGAUUCAAUGGUAAAGCUCGAUAGGAUCUGUCGGGAGGCAAAUGUGAUGUUGGUCUUUGCUCGCUCCUAUGGCCUUACUGGGUUAGUCAGAAUCAGUGUGAAGGAGCAUACUGUUAUUGAGUCCAAACCUGAUCAUUUUCUGGAUGACCUUCGGUUAAAUAACCCAUGGCCUGAACUCAGGAGGCUAGCAGAAACAACUGAUCUACAAGUGUCUGAUCCUAUUUCCCACAAGCACAUACCAUAUGUCAUCAUCCUUGUCAAGAUGGCAGAUGAAUGGGCCAAAAGCCAUGGUGGUAACCUACCCUCAACCAGGGAAGAGAAGAAAGAGUUCAAGGAUCUUCUUAAAGCCAGGAUGAUUGCGUUGGAUGAAGAUAACUAUAAGGAAGCUAUUGAUGCCUCCUUCAAAGUUUUUGCUCCUCGAGGAAUUAGUUCAGAUUUGCAACAGGUAAUUAAUGAUGGUUGUGCAGAAGUUGAUUCCAGUUCAUUGGAUUUUUGGAUUAUGGUAGCAGCAUUGAAGGAAUUCUUAGCAAAGGAAGGUGGUGGUGAGGCUCCCCUGGAGGGAUCAAUACCAGACAUGACAUCCUCAACUGAGCAUUAUGUAAAUUUACAGAAUAUCUACUUUGCCAAGGCUGAUGCUGAUUUUCUUGCCAUUGAGCAACGGGUUAGAAAUAUUCUGAAGAAAAUUGGUCGAGAUCCAAAUAGCAUCUCAAAGGCAAUAAUAAAAAGCUUCUGUAAGAAUGCAAGAAAACUCAAGAUUUGUAGAUAUCGCCUUGUCGAGGAAGAAUUCAAUUCUCCAAUAUUAUCAGAACUACAGAAGUAUCUGACAGAUGAAGAUUACAGUGUUGCUGUGGGAUUCUAUAUUCUGCUUAGAGCUGUCGAUCGCUUUGCUGCCAAUUACAAUAGUUUUCCCGGGCAAUUUAAUGGUGCGAUGGAUGAGGACAUAUCUCGUUUGAAGAUUACUGCUGUUGGUCUACUUGGUGACUUGGGUUGCAAUGGGUCUACCUUAACUGAGGACCUUAUUAACGAGAUGUGCCGAUUUGGUGCUGCUGAGCUCCAUGCAGUAGCUGCUUUGAUAGGAGGAAUUGCAUCACAAGAAGUGAUUAAGCUCAUAACAAGACAGUUCGUGCCCAUGCCGGGUACUUUCAUCUUCAAUGGCAUCGAUCACAAGUCACAACUGUUGUUGCUUUAGGAAGAUUAAAGCUGGAAACUGAUGUGGUCUUUAUGAGAUGGCGCAUUUAGGCGGUUUAGAGGUCGAGCUAUGGUGCAGUUUGGAUGCUUCCUGUUUUUGAGAGGCAUAGUGGUAGUUCGAUCAAUUUUACUGAGAUCUGAAAUUUUUUUAAUUUGUUUUAUUAUUAUUAUGUGAGAGAGAGAGAGAGAGAGAGAGAGAGAGAGAGAGAGAAAGAGUGUUGUAAAGUUGGCAUGGUUCGACUUGCAAAAACAAAAGCCUGAAAUCAUCUUCACAUUAUCAUACGUGGGGAGAAAAGAAGAAUUUGUUUUAAACUUCCAAAUAGUUAUAGCAGAGUUAUUCUUGUAAUAAUUUAACAUACUUUUGGCUCGGAGAGGAGAUACUUGCAUCUCUUUUCUCCGCUACGAAAAUUAGUCACACACUAUUUUCAUCGGUA